AACGUACUUCCGGCUGGGAUGGGUCCUCCCUUGAGUCCGCCCCGCCGUGGGAUGGUUCAGCCAGUCGCCGUAACGUUGCGUGCUCAGUUGCUGGAAGCUAAGUAUAAUCUGCGUCUUUUGCUUUCUUUGCUCCUGCUCAGCGUCUAGCUCGUGAGGAGCGGCGUGCCAAGAUGGUGGUUCUCUCCAAGGAAUAUGGCUAUGUAAUUCUUACCGGUGCUGCCAGUUUUGUCUUAAUAACACACCUUGCAGUAAAUGUGGGAAAGGCACGCAAGAAAUUUAAUGUGGAGUACCCAACCAUGUACAGUACUGACCCUGAACAUGGGCACAUUUUCAACUGUAUUCAGAGGGCACACCAGAACACGCUGGAAAUGUACUCUCCCUACCUGUUCUUUCUUGCCAUCGGUGGAGUCUACCACCCACGUGUUGCUACGGGGCUUGGUGCCUCAUGGAUCAUUGGAAGAUUGCUCUAUGCGUAUGGCUAUUACACAGGAGAUCCCAAGAAACGAUCCCGAGGAGUCCUUGGUUCAGUUUCACUCCUUGGCUUGGCAGCAACAACCCUGUACUCGGCUUUCCAGCACCUCGGCUGGGUAUGCAGUGACUAAAUAUGCCCUCCAUAGUGCACUGAGAAGUCACUAGGGCCUUUUCAAUAAUGAAAUUUCCAAUGUAAUUAGCUUUUUAAAAAAUAAAAACCCAAGUGAAUUGCU